AUGGACAAAGCGCAAGCACUCGCCGCGAAAGCCACCCCCGGCGGCCCGGGGAUUGAGCUGUACUCCGCGAAAUUCUACGGCGCGUGCACCAUUGGCGGGAUGCUUGCUUGCGGCGUAACACACACCGCCGUCACCCCGCUAGACCUUGUCAAAUGCCGCAGACAAGUGGAUUCGAAGCUCUACAAGGGCAACUUCCAAGCGUGGAGCACGAUCAUGCGGGCCGAGGGCGUGCGCGGGAUCUACACCGGCGGCUCCCCCACGUUCUUUGGGUACAGUGCGCAGGGAGCGUUUAAAUACGGCGGAUACGAGUACUUCAAGAAAGCGUACUCGACGCUCGCGGGCCCCGAGAACGCCGAGCGCUACAAGACCGGAGUCUAUCUUGCUGCGUCGGCCAGUGCAGAGUUCCUGGCGGAUAUCGCGCUGUGCCCGUUCGAGGCGGUCAAGGUGCGCAUGCAGACGACGAUUCCGCCCACGUUCACAGGCACCUUCCAGGGCAUCUCGAGUGUGGUGGCGAAGGAGGGCGUGGCUGGCCUGUAUAAGGGCAUUGUCCCGUUGUGGGGGAGGCAGAUUCCUUACACGAUGAUGAAAUUCGCCUCGUUCGAAACGAUCGUUUCGAUGAUCUACGCGCGGCUCGCGAAGCCCAAGGACCAAUACGGCAAGGGCGUGCAGACGGCGGUAUCCUUCACGGGAGGCUACCUCGCCGGAAUCCUGUGCGCGAUCGUAUCACACCCGGCAGACGUGAUGGUCUCCAAGCUGAACCAGAAGCGCGCGCCCGGCGAGAGCGCGGGCCAGGCCACCAGUAGAAUCUACAAGCAGAUUGGGUUCGGAGGGUUGUGGAAUGGUCUGCCUGUCAGGAUCGUCAUGAUUGGUACCCUCACCGGUCUGCAGUGGCUCAUGUAUGAUUCGUUCAAGAUCAUGGUCGGACUGCCGACUACGGGUGGCGCGGCUGCGGAGGAGGAGAAGAAGUAG